AAAGACACAGUCGGUGUAGAAACGCUUUAUACCCGGGAAAAGGAUGGAUCUACUAAUAAUACAAAACAAGCCAUUAGCUAUAGUUUCCAUCUCAUAUAAGAACCAUAGCUUGGAAUCUGGGUAACGUUAUGCUUGACGUUUUCACACCAUCCUAAUGUUCACAUUUUCUCCAGUAGGUGUCGUUACUGUUCGCCUUUUAUCUGUUUGUAAGCAUGGAAUUGGAAAGCAUGUGUAGUAAACAAUUGGUGAGAAACAAACUUGUCAAACUCAGAAGUCUCAACGGCACGAAGAAGUAUGGGUUGGCCGCAUCAAAUCUAAAAGUGCUUCUCAAAAAGGGAUGCCAAUUUUUACAGGUGCAUUCGGAAGGCUCGCAUAUUUGCUUGUAUGAAGAUGGAACAGUAUUGACAGAGCACUACUUCCAAACUCUUCCGGACAAUGUCGAACUGGUUCUUCUAGCGAAGGAGGAGACAUGGAACGGAUUUGUAUGUGACAUAGGCCGGUUACUGGACACGGACAUGCACUCAGACCACGUGAUAGAGGAAGCGCGGAAACUUCUCUCUGACGAGCAGUCUCCAAAAAGACGCAAACUAUUGGGGGACCUACUACUUCACUUGAAGGACUGCUCUGAAGCUGAGAGCAGGAAGGAAGAUGGGGAGUGGUUCCACGGUAUUGACGUUCGAUUCAAGACCAAAUCAUCCUACAUGAAGUAUAACUGUGAGAGCCGGAUUAGGGGUUACAUGAAAGAGGUGAACGGCUAUGCCAAAAACAUUGAAAAACCCAAAGUCAGAGCUGAGUACAUAAAAACUGCAGCAUGUCUAGUGAGUAAACUGAAAUCUGACAAGUACCAUGGCUGGUACUUUGACAGGACAGAGAAUGAUUGCCUAUGUACCUCAGAGGGCUGGUUCACUUGCCAGGGUGCAUUUGACAAAGAAGAAUGCAAGUCCCUUCAUUCUAUCAACCCAUAUGGCAAUCGAGAAAGCAGAAUUAUGUUUAGCACAUGGAACCUGGACCACCGGAUUGAGAAGAAGAGAACGGUGAUCCCUGCUUUGGUGGAGGCACUACAGAACCACAAGAGCAGUGACAUCAACCUGGAUUAUUUCUAUAAACUACUGUUCACCACAGACAAUCUAAAACUGGUGCAUAUUGUCUGUCAUAAGAAGGGUACUCAUGACCUGGUAUGUGACAAGAGGAAAAUGUACCAACAGAGAAAAAAACAUUGAUCUUCAUGGAAACAAUACUUUGUAAAUGUUGGACACUGUGCCAAAUUAUGACAUUUGUACUUAUUUUUUUAUUGAAUCACAUGACUUUUUGUCACAAAUAUUUAUAUCAUACAAAUGGGUUAUGCUUUAAGACCAUUUGUCCUCUUGAACAAGAACUGCAGCAGCUUGUCAGUUCUCAUUUUGAACCAAAUGAAAUUUCUGCAAUAAACUAAACUGAUUAAUACCUGCAUAA